UGCUGUAACACCGCGGCACGUCACGGAGAGGGCAGUGAGGUAGAUUUCUUCUGCAUUACUGUACUCCGUAGAUGCUGUACCUCUAGCUUUCAAGCAGCCUCCCUCGUCUCCAAGCAGCUUCUGGUUUCCACCCAGUAUCGCUGCUACUAGUUGCGAACUCCUGUAGUACAGGCUUAUCGCCGCGGCUACAGGCUUAUCGCGGCUACAGGCUUAUCGCGGCUACAGGCUUAUCGCGGUUACAGGCUUAUCGCGGCUAAAGGUUUAUCGCCACACGCUUAUCGCUGCCAUUCCGACAGGCUUUGUCACUGCCGUCCCUGCGCCGAACGCUCUCCGAGUCCCACCGUUUUCUGUUACUAGUCCUCCUUUCGUGCGCCUCUCCCACCUCCCACUCUCACAAGCCAUGGCUCUGCUCCACCGCUGCCCCGCAUCGCUGCUGCAUCCGCGGCCAAACCAACCCGCCUCGGCUGCUGGGUUGCCUGAACCGUCGAUUCGGUCAUCGAUGAGCAUCCGACGGCCAUCGCGAGGGGUACUACACGUGGGUCGUUCUGCAAGGAAAGGCGCCGUGGUGCGCAUGUCUCUGUGGGACGCCGUACAAGGCAGCGCGUCUGGCGAGGGCGGGGGGCAGCAGCUGGGGCUGACUUCGUCGGGGGAGGAGCCCUUGGGGUACAGCGAUGGGGAGGCCGAGGGCUUUGUGCCUCUCACUGACGAGUCAGAGGCGUUCGGACCUGAGGCGUUGCUGCUUCUGGGCUUGACAUCAGAUGAGAUUGAGAAGAUCCGAGCAGCACUGCAAGAAGCAGAGGCGGACUUCAUCAAGCUGCUAUCAGCAGACGCAUCAGUGGCGGAUAUGACGCUGUGGGACGCCAUGGAAAGGGCCGCCCAGCCCUUCCCCUCCAUGGCCGCGCCCUCUGUAGCGGCUGCAUCACAGCAGGCAACUAGCGGUAGCCAAUGGCCAAACGACGUGGGCGAGCGGGUGUGCAUUGUGUCGGGGCUGUCGGGCAUUGAGAUCAUGGACCUGAUCGAGAUCAUCAGCAACCUCGGCGUCCCGCCCAUGGUCUAUGCCGCUAUGGUGCCCAAGUCAGCAGCACGGCUAGUGAGGGAGGUGGUGGAGGAUCUGGUAGCAGACCAUCGGCUGCUGCAGCCGUUUGGCGUGAGUGGAUAAAAGAAAAUGCAGCAAUUGUGGUUGCAUAUUGUCUAUACCAUGGAGAGGUCCCAAAUCCAGUGUCACAAGUCAGCAGCAGGGCCAGUGCAGGAGGUGAUGAUGGAUCUGGUAGAGAAGAAAGAAAGAGGGACAAUGGUUGCACUGCACUGCACAUCUCACAGCGCAGCAGUACGGCCAGUGAGGGAGGUGGAGUAUCUGGUCUCGUGGCAGACCAUCGGCUGCUGCAGCCCAUUGGCAUGAACAGAUAAAUACAACAAUAGUGGUUGGUUGCGCAUUCAAUACAACAAUACUACCUGACGGGUCAAGUUUUGGCAAAUGUCCCUUCAAUGAAGAUUCACUUCUGGGGGGCUGGAUCAGAGCGCCUUGGCAUGAAAGAUCAGCUCUGCUGGCAUGAGUCAGCAGGGCUGAUGUUUGAUGAUGAGCCUCUUGUGGAAUUGAAACUAGAGUCAA